AUGUCAGCACCUGCCACUCCCUCGCAACGACUGUCCGGCCGCGUCGCCAUUGUCACCGGAUCCUCGCGAGGCAUCGGCCGCGGCAUCUUCUGUGCCGAUCUGAAGGCCGCCGGACUCGCGCCAGACAAGACGCCAACCCACGAGCUGAUCAACCAGCAGAACGGAAAGGCUAUCUUCGUGCAGGUCGACGUGGGCGACGCGAGGCAGGUCGAGGCGCUGGUCCAGCGAGCAGUGGAGGAGUAUGGCCGGCUGGGUCAACGACGCUGGGAUCUGCGUCGAGUCCGGCGACGCGCACCCGAUCGACGAGGCAUCCGAGGACGUGCUCGCUCGUUAGCGAUUUACACAGCUACGAAAGGGGCCGUCGCUUCGUUGACAAGGACCGUCGCCCUAGACGCUGCUCCCUAUCGUGUUCACUGCAACGUCAUCUGUCCGGGGUUCACGCAAACGUCCAUGCUCGACAGAGCCUUCGAAGGUGUCUUCGAAUCCAACAAAGCCACGCUGGCCCACACGAUCCCAUUAAGCAGGUUUGGAGAACCGCGGGAUAUCGCCCGCGCGGCGGUGUUUUUGGCUUGUGAGGACUCCAGCUGGGUUACUGGGGUCGUGAUGCCGGUGGAUGGGGGCUUACUGCUCAGUAGGAUGGGAGAAAGGAAAGAUAAUCAGUGUAGUGACGAGAUAAGGCAUGAUUAUGCUUAUGCAGUUUAUCAUAUCUACUCCGUACUCUGUAAAUACUGUGGACUACUGUAG